CAUAAUCAUGUUUUAAGUUUACAGUGAAAUGUUUACCUAAAAGUGAUGUCACGCUCUUGAGCUGUCGAAACUUUCUAAAAAAAUACAAAUUCCAUUUAAUCCAAAAAAUGUUAUUUUUUUUUGUUCAGUUUCUACAUCAAAAUGCAGGUUUGUCUUUUACCGUGUCUCUGAUUUAGGGUUUGUGCUUUCCUCUUCAGAGGUCAAACAUCCUACUCUAAAAGGGAGCCGAAGCCCCCUCCACUUCCGGUCGCUCACUUGUCUCCUGAAUAAAAAAUAAACAAAUGGAAGUAAACAGGGCUACAAAGUCAUCAGACCAUUUCAGAUAAGAGAUCUUCAGCUCUGGACCUUCCAUAAUGGCUCCAAAUACCAAAAAAAAGACGUGUUUUAAAAUGUAUAGAGAAUUUUAAACGAUGCAGGUUUAAGCAACUUUUCAGUGUUAUAAAUUAACACGGAGAAUAAAAAGGACACAUUCAGAUCUGUUUUUAUUAUCUUUGGAAAGGUGACAACAAACCCUUAUGUGUGUGUAAGGAAGACCUAAAGAAAAUUAACUUUGAUCAACCUUUCACACUUUCAGGGUUUGGUGCAUCAGUGUCACCUCGGUCAUAAAUAACCUGUUGCUGUUUUAUGGUUUAAUGCAAAAGGUGCUUAUUUUUAAAUAGGCAAAUCCAUUUAAAUCAUACAAAUAUCAGAGCUGGGUUAGUCCUAACGUUCUUGCAUGGCAGCGUCGGGUCCAGUACGUUUAGAUGAGUAAAAAUGGCUCCAUCUAAGUUUGCUCGACAACAAAAAAGCCUUUUUAGGAACGUCUGACCGAUCAGGAACACUGUCAGGACUUUCCUGUCAUGCUACGAGAUCGUUUGUGAGCUUAUGAGGCUGCACCUCUGGGUGCCUCUCAGCCAUUAAUCCUCUGGAUCAUCUCCCGGGUCUGUUGUGAAUUAGCUGGUCUCCUCCUCCCGCCUACUGACUCAGACCGAAAGUGAAAGCUGUGGAUGACUCGGAGCAGCUGCAGAUGACGGGUACAGAUCUCUCCCUGGUCGUCCGUAGAGGAGCUUGUAAGAGAAAGAAACAUGGCCUCCCACGCAGCCCUCUAUGUUCUCUCUGUCCUCCUUUUUUCUGCUGGUGCUGGUGUAUCCGGUUUUGUGAAAAUAGCAUGUAAUGAUAGAACUGUGGGACAGAUUGGCCAGCCGUCACUGCUCAACUGUGUGGUGAAACCUACUCAAGACACAACAGACAUAGACAUCGUCAACGUUAAAUGGAAGAGGAGUGGAGAUGCAGAAUCAUUUCUCAAUUGUCAUCAAGACGAGGGAUGUACCGGUACCUGGCCUGGCUACAGAUUUGCUGAUUUCUCAUCAGAGUGGGAUAGCAAAAACACGAACAUAUCCCUGCUCAUCACCAACACCCAGGUGAAAGACGAGGCGAAGUACACCUGCUAUGUGUACACAGACAGUGGUGAUGACGAAGUUGAUGUGGACCUUCAAGUCACAGCCAAAUACAGCUUACCAAAUGUGAGCCUGGUCCCAGAGAAAAAAAACCCAAAUUCAAAGGAAGCUCUGCUUUGCAAAGCAUCUGGUGGCUACCCAAAAGGAACAAUCCGCUGGUUUGACGAAAACAAUGAGACCAUAAGUGCUGAAACAGAGGUGAAAACGAUGGACAAUGGCCUCUUCGAGCUGUCAAGCAAGCUGGUUUCGCUGAAUGGAUCCACUUUCUCCAACUAUACCUGCAUUGUGUUCAAUUCCAGCGGAGGCAAGGAGAAUGAAGGCAAAAUCCAGACAUCGAACUUUCUAGGAUUUGAAGGAACACCAUCACCCGUGGUCAAAACGCCCAAUGUCGUUGCUGGUGUGUUGGUCAUCGGCUCGCUGAUCGUGGGGCUGCUGCUACUGCUGCUGAUUCGUAGGAGGCGAGCUCAGCAGGCCCGGAGGCUCUCUGCUGCACCGCUCAUGGCUCCGCAUCAUCGGGAGGGCCCCGCGAGAGGCUCUGAGGCCGAUCCCCUGGACAGCACUGCCUGAGGAGACGCCAAGUGGCUCAUGUAUAUUCACAUUCACCGCCUGCAGCUGAAAUCAACAUUUCCUUACUUCCUCACAUCGUCACACUUAGAGGAACUUUCCUGCUGUGCAUCGUCAUGGUUACCUGACUGACCAGAAGCUCCGAGCUCACGUUUUGCCCAAUCUAAGCAAGUCCCCACGACGGAGUUCAUGUUUAAAUGUGAUUGUGGUAAAGCAGGAGGAGGAGAUGUGCAUGCCAAGUGAGGCUAAGCAACCUCAAGAUCCCUACGAUGAUAAUUACAGCCGGGCUCGGAGUCGGGGCCGAUUGUUGCCGGCAGAAUCCAGAUCACGUGUAAUAAUUGGCUCGUGCAGGAACUCCAGCCCUUGGCAGCUAGAGAACAGCUCUCCCUUUUUGUUCAGAGUUCAUCAGAAGACACUGAAUCAUAUUUUAAAAGCACUUAUUUGUGUCCUGCAGCUAAAAUUGAUCUGCACUUAAAUACUUUUAUCAGAUUUGCUUUUUUUAUUUAACGUUUUAGCUUCUUUAUUUUGUGUUGAAGAUGAGACUUUUGACAUGAACGUGUUGGUUUUUCGGGAUGAAGCCAUCCCUGUGUCACUAGCAUGGACGUAAUUUUGGGGGGGGACAGGGGGGACAUGUCCCCCCCUCUUUCUCCAAAGUCAAGUUUUCACCCCUGCACUUUUUACCAAUACUUUAUAUUAAAUUGUCACUGCUCGAGCUCUAGGACCAAGCAGAAAACAACCAUUUGUGUUGAAGCCUGUUUCCCAUUAGAACAUACUGUAAAGACCCCCACACACACACACACACACACACACACACACAUGUCCCCCCCACUUCUAAAGUGAAAAUUACGUCCAUGGUCACUAGAAUCUUAUUUUAGCUCUUCUUCUUUGGUUUCCUCACACGGGAGUUCAUAUUUUAUCUUAAAAAGCCAAAAAGAUGGAUUUGACCUCACCAUGUUUGUUUUGCCUCAGGGGAACUUUGAGCCGAAUCACUAAACCGAUGAAGGGACCUUUAGCUCAGGACUGAUUCGUUGGUACUUCUUAAGAUUAAUAGUUAUUAGGAACGACACUUUGAGCUUAGAGGCAAAUCACUGAAGUUCUUUGCUGAAAGCUUUUCCUCAGGUUUCAUAUCCUUUUGUCUGAGUGCUGAGAAAACCGUCACAUGAGAUCCGCUCUGGUUUUCUAAGGGAAUGCAGAAGAAGCACUUCUCUUUCCUGGUUCUGUGUGGUAAACAAAUCUGUCAUGUAACUUUUGGCAAAGGAACGCUGCUUAUUGUUGCCAAAUCAAUGCCCGUCUCCUUCUCAGACACACCUCUUGUUUCAAACUCACCAUUAAUAAUCACAGAAAUAAUGCUGCAGAGCCUUGGAGGUUGAGGCCUAGUCCACACGUACCCGGAUAAAUACGUUGUUAAGGACAUGCCAGACCUGUAGGCGGCAGUACUUCCCCCGUUCUUAACCUCGUCCUUCGUCUGUGGUCUUCCGCAAGGAGCAGUAAUUCCGCUUGCAAAAACAAACAAGCAAAAAGCGCUUGGACAAUUGAUAAAGCGAGCGCAGCUCUGAGGGCAUCCAUGCUGUCGGCUAGUGUAAACACAGGUCGCACACGUGAUGUCAGCAUUUUCUUGUCGCGGAAAGUGACGUUGCGGACCUUAAAACUCUGGUUUUGUCUGUCCACACGCAGACACCCAAAACGGAGAAAACGCAGAUCUUCACUUUGGCCGGAGUUUUUAAAAAGAUCCGUUUUCGUGUGAAAAAACUCCGUUUUUGUGUGGACGACAGGCCAAAACGUAGAAAAAUAUCUACGUUUUGGCAGAUCCCCGGCUACGUGUGGACAGGGCCUUAAGCGGUUUGAGUUCUGCUCUAAAAUCCUGUCAGUGUACAGAACCAAGCUGCCGAUCAUUGUUGUGUUUUAAUAAUUAACCCGACAAGGAAACGCAGCGGGAGAGGAAUGUUUGAACUGUUCAACAGAAAGUUUUUUGUUCACUUUUACCCAACAGUCACCCACACCUUUAGCCUCCUUAUCUGAUGCUUAUUAAGCUUAACAGGGAAAAACAUCUAAAAUACGUUUGGAUUAUGUGAAACCAGAAGGGUAUGAUCAUUUAUUUUCCUCAAGAUAAUCUGGAUUAUUUGGAUCUUUUAGUCAAUGAAGAUUUGUUUUUUAGUUUUGAGUUGUUCUAUUUUUUCUAAAUUGUUUUAUUAAAGUAAAUUAUCAAUAGAAAUUUUUUUUAAUUAAAUCCAGUUUCCAGAAACAAUAAAAUCAGGUCAAAAUUGAGCAGAAUGAAAUAUUAAAGUGCAAGAAGCUAAUGUCCUCUUAGAUAAAUGUGGUUUUGUUUGUUUAUAAUGACGUUAUUUCUACAUCAGAAUGACCUUAUAACAUGGAAUAACCAUUAUUACUCAAAUCAAGAUGACCAGCACGCGCCUGCUUUGUUUUCCUCGUGUGAAUAUUACAGGUUAAAACUGACCAGGUAAAAAUAAAACGACAUCAGUAAAUGAUUUUAAAUUCGUGGAUCUUGUGAUCCUGGUUGAUUUGUCAGGUCAGAAUGUAGAAACUUGACCUUUGACCUUUAACACCACUGUUUAAAAACGACUGUGAUUAAAACUUGUAAAUAGAAAUAUUUUUACGUUUUUAUUUUUUGUGUUGACAUUUCUGGUCGUUGAUUGUUUUCAUGUCUGGCGUGAUGUCAGCUGACUAGAGGAAACUUGUGUAAAGUUUUUAUCGCUACUCUUUCAUGCAACUGAUGAAAUGUGUUUUUCUAAUUUCUUGUUUGCUUUCUUUAUUACAAUAUUACCAUAUUCUA